AUGGUGGAUAAUACUGUGAUAUUGACGAUGAUGAAUGAGGCAUGGGCAGCUCCUGGUUCUGUUCUUGACCUCUUCCUGGAGAGCUUUCAGACAGGAGAGCGCACGGUAAGGCUCUUGGAGCACUUGGUGAUCGUCGCUCUUGACGAGAAGGCGUACGAGAUAUGCAAGUCUAAGCAUACCCACUGCUACGCUUUGAAGACCGAAGGAGCAGAUUUCUCGCAAGAGAAGUUAUUUUUGACGGAGGAUUACGUAAAAAUGACGUGGAUAAGGAUAGACUUUUUGAGAGUCGUCCUUGAGAUGGGAUAUGACUUCAUCUUUACGGUAACUUUAUCUUUUCUGUUUCAACAGAUUUAUUUUUUUAAAUAACGUUGAUGGCCUACGAUUUUUGAACCUCGGAUUUUAUUUUUUUUAUAAAUCUGUUUCUCAAAAAAUAUUCGGAAGGUAAAGAGAUCCAGGGGCUACCGUCAAGAUAGAGCAUGGAUAACAGAUUUCCACGAAUAUUGAAACUAGUCUGUCUAAAGUUAGCCUCUAAUACUUAGCACAAAGCAUAUAGCCUUCAAAUUUCCGCUUUUCCCAGUGGGCAUAAUAUUAUCCCAGCUGAUAUUAGCACAAAGAAAAUUACUAUCCAAGUUGGCCCCCCUAUCCCAGUGUGCAUAAUAUUAGCUUUCCUUUGCUUCAUUGCGGUGCUGAUGCUCUAGCCUGAUGAAGUUCUUCAGUAACCACGCAUCGAACAUUUGUAUUUAGCCUUUGUCUAAACAUUUUUUCCUUUAUGCUUGGCACCGACUGUUGUAAACUUCGUUGACAGGUGAACGGGUGUCGGUUGAUGAACAGGCUCUCGAUCUAGCUUGUGUAUCCUAAGUGCUUCAUGAAGCAGCCCAGUCCACCAAAUUAGUGGAAAUCAAUUUAUGGAGUGCAAAGAGGCCACCUCUAAUUUCCUGUGGAGUCCUUUAACGUAGCUAUCCACCAAAUCUACUCUUUCCGUUGGAGCAAAUUGUCAGGGGAAGAGGUCAAAUGUGGGAAAAGAGGAACCCUAGAGACUUUCCCCGAGGGAACCAGAAGACGAAAGUGCAGAUCCAAAAAAAAACGUAAAAUAUAGCAAAAAAAUUGAAGCCGGAUCGAAACACCCCAUAGUAUCUGUCAUUUCCUCGAGUUCUACGCGCAUCGAGCUUUGAACUUACUGAUACAAGCACGCAGGCACACACGCAUGCAUACACAUACAUAUGCACUUGUUUUUUGCAUCGAAGUUGAACCUAUUGCCGUUUAAAAACUGUGGGCAAACGUCGAGUUUUUGAUGCAGAAUACCCGAAAGAUACAUUGGUUCCAUAAUUUUCGACUCUGGUCUCUAUCUUUUAUCCGCCCAAGUUCAUAUAAAAGUUGCUCUUUUCUUGCAGGACGCUGAUAUAAUGUGGUUCCGAGACCCCAUGCCAUUCUUCUACAAAGACGGCGACUUCCAGAUCGCAUGCGACCGAUUCAACGGCAACCCCGACGACAGAACGAACAAUAUCAACGGAGGGUUCAAAUAUAUAAAGUCCAACGAAAAAACAAUAAAGUUCUACAAGUACUGGUACGAGAAAAGAGUGGAGCACCCGGGCGCUCACGACCAGGACGUGCUCAAUUACAUCAAGGGCGACCAAAUCCUCCACGACAUCGGGCUGAACUUGAAAUAUCUACCCACCGUCCACUUUGGGUGGAUAUGCGAACCCAGCAGCGAUUUCAAUCAGGUCUCCACCAUGCACGCAAAUUGUUGUAUUGGAUUGAUAGAUAAGUUGAACGAUCUGAAGGUAAUACUGAAGGACUGGAGGCAGUACAAUACUCUGCCGCCCAGCGUGAAGGGCCGUCAUGAGCACAAGUGGAGAGUCCCGCAGCUCUGCAGGUAA